CAGUCACAAAUCAGCUACAAUGGCUCCCAUCAAGGUCGGCAUCAACGGCUUCGGUCGAAUUGGACGUAUCGUCUUCCGCAACGCUGUUGAGCACCCCGACAUCGAGGUCGUCGCCGUCAACGACCCCUUCAUCGAGACCACCUAUGCUGCCUACAUGCUCAAGUAUGAUUCCUCCCACGGUAUCUUCAAGGGCGACAUCGAUGUCGAUGGCAAGGACCUCGUUGUGAACGGCAAGAAGGUCCGCUUCUACACCGAGCGUGACCCUGCCAACAUCAAGUGGAGCGAGACUGGCGCCGACUACAUUGUCGAGUCCACCGGUGUCUUCACCACCACCGAGAAGGCCAAGGCUCACUUGGCCGGCGGUGCCAAGAAGGUCAUCAUCUCUGCCCCCUCUGCCGAUGCCCCCAUGUACGUGAUGGGUGUCAACGAGGACAAGUACGACGGCUCUGCCGAUGUCAUCUCCAACGCCUCUUGCACCACCAACUGCCUGGCUCCCCUCGCCAAGGUCAUCCACGACAACUACGGCAUCGUUGAGGGUCUCAUGACCACUGUCCACUCCUACACUGCCACCCAGAAGACCGUCGAUGGUCCCUCCGCCAAGGACUGGCGUGGUGGCCGUGGUGCUGCCCAGAACAUGAUCCCCAGCAGCACUGGUGCCGCCAAGGCCGUCGGCAAGGUCAUCCCCUCCCUCAACGGCAAGCUCACCGGCAUGUCCAUCCGUGUCCCCACCGCCAACGUCUCCGUUGUCGACUUGACCGUCCGUCUCGAGAAGCCCGCCAGCUACGCUGCCAUCACUGAGACCAUCAAGAAGGCUGCCGAUGGUCCCCUCAAGGGCGUUUUGGCCUACACCAACGACGAUGUCGUCUCCAGCGACAUGCUCGGCAACACCAACUCCUCCAUCUUCGAUAUCAAGGCCGGUAUCUCCCUCAACGACAACUUCGUCAAGCUAGUCUCCUGGUACGACAACGAGUGGGGCUACUCCCGCCGUGUCCUCGACCUCCUGGCCCACGUCGCCAAGGUCGAUGCCUCCAAAUAAGUGUGUGUUCUGAGAUGAGAUGAGCCCAGGCUGGGGGCCAUGAAAAAUCAUUGUCUUUAGAAACAACCAAAAAAA